UCUGUUUAAUUUUCAUUUCUGAAUACAAACAAUCACAGAAGAGAAAAAGCAGCGAUGGCGAGGAAAUCAACAAAAAAGCCACCGGCGGCAACUAAAAACCGAUCACCGAGCGAAUCACCGCCAACAUUCAAGUUCAAUUUCAGCACCUGCUUCAACAACGCUGUUUCUUCAACAUACUCAUCUCCAAUGAAAAACAUCAACAUCACAUCACCUGUAGAUCUGCCUACCGUCAUAUCACCUCCACCGGCGCCGUCGUCACUAACCAAAUCGCUUAGCUCAAUCGCAGAUCUGAAGGAUACGACGUCAUCUAAUGUCGAUUCGAUUAAGCGUCAUCUCGAGUUUUCGCAUGCUGAGAUACUUAAGGAUAUUGAAGCUUCUCACUCUCGCCUUCAUAAACGAUUUAAGAUUCAAAACCAAGCAUGCCUGCAAACAAUGGAUGAAGUUGAGAAGGAAUACAAGAAGGUGAAUGAUCGAAUAAAAGAAAGUCGUGAUGCAAUGCAGGCAUCAUAUAUGGAGCUCAUUGCAGAAUCACAGGCUAGCACUAAUCGUGUAUGCAAAACCAUCCUCCCUGAACUUCUGCAGUCUAUGGACAAAGCUGUUGAUGGUCUAAGGAACCGAUAUGGAAUUGCAUCUUAGAUUCACUUUAGCUACCAGUUGCUUUUAGGAAUGAAUCUCAGAGUGAAGCAAAAGUAUACAAACGAGAUCUUGUUAGUCUCACAAGGUGAUGAAGUUACUUUUUCUUAAACUUGCUGUUCAUUUAGUACUAGUACAAUUCAAAUAAAUGGAAUUCUUACUUAGAAUGCAAAGACUUCAGUACAGAAUGAUAUAGGUAGAUCAUCAAGUGGCUCCACUUGACCGUAUAUGGCAUAUAUCUAGGUUUUAAAUAAUACUCGUAUGUAAUGACUGGAUUGGAAAAGGAUUGGGAACGGUAGACAUUCUUGAACUCUAAUGUACUUGAGAAUGUUUGGCUUUGUAUACAAUCGUCUGGAUGCUUUUCGAA